UAUGGCAGACCUUCAAACACAAAGAGCAUUCCAAAAAUAAGAGGGCAUUUUCUAAAACUCAAAGAAAUUGUUGGCAAAGAAAACAUCUAAGGGAGUUAGAUAUUGGAAAGAAGUAGGUCUUGGUUUCAAAGUACCAAAAGAAGCAAUUGAAGGUCAUUACAUUGAUAAGAAAUGUCCAUUCACAGGAAAUGUGAGUGUCAGAGGAGCCAUCUUAAAGUAAAUGAAAAGUCAAUAAUGAAUAGAGGCAUAGUAAUAUCAACUAAGAUGACCAGAACAAUUAUUAUUAGAAGGGAUUAUUUACACUAUGUUGCCAAAUAUAAUAGAUAUGAAAAGAGACACAGAAAUGUUCCAGUUCACAUUUCACCAGCAUUUGGACCAGUUAAGGAAGGUGAUAUUGUAGUUUGCGGAUAAUGCAGGUAAGAAUUUAAAUAAUUAAUUAAAGACCAUUAUCAAAGACAGUCAGAUUCAAUGUAUUGAAGGUAAUUCCAAAUGAAAUCAUUGGUAAUGUUAGAAAACAAUUUGUUUUAUUCUGAUU